UUAAACGUUACUGAUGCUGCUUUGUUAGUCACAAACUGAAAAAACAAUGAAGAACAGCAAGUCUGUGGCUGUGAUUACUAUCCAGGGAGUGACCCUGGUCUGUCUCCAUAGAAACUACAAAACAAUCUGGAUCAAGUCGUGCAAUGGACGAGGAUCAGGCUUCUGAGGAGACUACAUUUGUUGUGGACGAGAUUACCACAGUUAUCAAAGAAACUGUUGAAAGCACCAUUGGAAACAGCUCUUACCAACACAGUAAAGUCAACCAGUGGACAUCAAGCAUUGUAGAAUCAAGUCUAAACCAGCUAACUAAAUUAGGAAAACCUUUCAAGUACAUCGUGACAUGCAUCAUACUACAAAAAAAUGGGGCAGGUUUGCACACUGCCAGCUCGUGUUUCUGGGACAACAGUACAGAUGGCAGCUGCACGGUACGAUGGGAAAAUAAAACCAUAUACUGCAUAGUUAGUGUUUUUGGGCUGGCCAUUUGAGGAUGAAUAUCAUGUAGACCAUGUAGGUCUCCUGUUCAAAGGUUAAGCCUCAAAAACAAGCAA